UCAUGCUCAAGAUCCCAAAAUGUCAUAAGCAAAUAACAAACGUAAUUUUAAAACAAGAACUUAGAACAGCUGAAAAUCGAAGCAAAAAUUUUCUGCAACUAACAAAUUUUCGCAAUGGCCUCUCGCGAUGCGUGCCCGACGAUAAAGAACAUUCUUUUGCUGGACUCGGAAGGGAAGCGUGUAGCUGUGAAAUACUACUCGGAUGACUGGACGACUAAUAAUUCGAAGUUGGCUUUUGAAAAAUCCUUGUUUGCAAAGACUAUGAAGUCAAAUGCUCGGACAGAAGCGGAAGUCACUAUGUUUGACAACUACAUUAUUGUCUAUAAAUUCGUCCAAGAUCUUCACUUCUUUGUGACGGGAGGUGAUGAUGAAAACGAACUGAUCUUAGCUUCUGUUCUUCAAGGAUUCUUUGAUUCAGUUUCUCUUCUCUUGAGGAGUACUGUUGACAAGAGGGAGGCACUUGAAAACUUGGAUCUCAUCUUCUUGUGCCUUGAUGAGAUUGUCGAAAAAGGGAUGAUACUCGAAACAGAUGCCAAUUUAAUCGCAGGAAAAGUGGCAAUAAAUAGCAUGGAUCCCGGCGCACCCUUGUCGGAGCAGACAAUUAGCCAAGCAUUGGCUACAGCACGUGAACAUUUGACAAGAACCCUCUUUCAGUAAAAAGCUACACCAGAUGCACAGAGAAAAUGGCGUCGUCGACUUUUUGUUCGAUGUGUUGGCAUGUAGUAGUUCAUCCCGUAUUAUAUUUUUUUGUUCUGAUCAAGAUGAAUAGCGAGGAUUAUUUCGUUUUGGCCUGCUUUUAAUAUGUUUGUCCGAAUGAAUAAUCUCUUUUAUUUUAUCUUUUGGGGUUUCUCCAAA